AUGAGUUUUAUCAUGAAACUUCACAGACAUUUUCAAAGAACAGUUAUCUUGCUUGCCACUUUUUGUAUGGUGAGCAUUGUUAUUUCUGCUUACUAUUUGUAUAAUGGCUACAAACAGGAAAAUGAACUUUCUGAGAUCUCUUCAGAAUUGGAAUGUGGUGAUCUUCAGCUGUUGCCAUACAAGUUAAUGGAGCUGAAGACAGUGAAGCCCAUUGAUCCCAUGAGGACUGAUCCCGUAGUGCUGGUGUUUGUGGAAAGCCAGUACUCAACACUCGGUCAAGAUAUAAUAACAAUUCUAGAAUCCAGCAGAUUUCAGUAUCACAUAGAGAUUGCUCCUGGGAAAGGUGAUCUUCCAGUGCUUAUAGACAAAAAUAAAGGCAAAUAUGUUCUCAUUGUAUAUGAAAAUAUUUUAAAGUAUGUGAAUAUGGACUCAUGGAACAAAGGCCUUCUAGAUAAAUACUGUAUUGAAUAUGGUGUGGGUGUCAUUGGAUUCCAUAAAGGCAGCGAGAACAGCUUGCAGAGCAUUCAGUUUAAGGGCUUUCCUUUCCAUGUUCAUGGCAAUCUGGGUGUUAAGGACUGUUGUGUUAACCCUCAUUCCCCAUUGCUUCAUGUAACUAAAUCCUCUAAGCUUGAUAAAGGUCCCUUGCCUGGAAAUGACUGGACAGUUUUCCAGAUUAAUCAUUCAGCCUAUCAGCCAGUGAUAUUUGCAAAAAUAAAGACUACAGAAAACCUCCCACUACCCAUCACUAAAAAUGCUCUCCAUGCCACAGUAGUUCAUGACCUGGGGCUUCAUGAUGGGAUUCAGAGAGUCCUCUUCGGCAACAACUUGAACUUUUGGCUGCACAAGCUGAUCUUUAUAGAUGCCGUCUCUUUCCUGUCUGGGAAAAAGCUCACGUUGUCCUUGGAUAGGUACAUUCUUGUUGACAUAGAUGACAUCUUUGUUGGGAAGGAAGGAACAAGGAUGAAUGUCAAUGAUGUGCAGGCCCUGCUUGAUACGCAGAAUCUUUUGAGAGCUCAGAUUACAAAUUUUACUUUCAACCUGGGAUUUUCAGGGAAAUUUUACCACACAGGAACUGAAGAGGAGGAUGAAGGUGAUGACCUGUUGUUGGGGUCUGUGGAUGAGUUCUGGUGGUUUCCCCAUAUGUGGAGUCACAUGCAGCCUCAUCUCUUCCAUAAUGAAUCAUCGCUGGUAGAGCAGAUGAUUCUCAACAAAAAAUUUGCCUUAGAACAUGGCAUUCCAACUGACAUGGGCUAUGCGGUAGCUCCGCACCACUCCGGGGUUUACCCUGUACAUGUUCAGCUUUAUGAGGCCUGGAAAAAAGUCUGGAAUAUCAAAAUCACCAGCACAGAAGAGUAUCCACAUCUAAAACCUGCACGGUACAGACGGGGCUUCAUCCACAAAAAUAUCAUGGUCCUUCCUAGGCAAACCUGUGGUCUAUUCACUCAUACAAUUUUCUAUAAGGAGUAUCCUGGGGGUCCAAAAGAACUAGACAAGAGUAUCCAGGGAGGGGAGUUGUUUUUCACAGUUAUUCUCAAUCCAAUCAGCAUCUUCAUGACCCAUUUGUCCAACUAUGGGAAUGAUCGCCUGGGGUUGUAUACCUUUGUGAAUCUAGCCAACUUUGUUCAGAGCUGGACCAACCUGAAACUGCAAACUCUGCCUCCAGUCCAGCUGGCUCACAAGUACUUUGAGCUCUUUCCUGAACAGAAGGACCCUCUCUGGCAGAAUCCCUGUGAUGACAAGCGGCACAGAGAUAUCUGGUCUAAAGAAAAAACCUGUGAUCGAUUACCAAAAUUCCUGGUUAUAGGACCCCAGAAAACUGGUACCACAGCUUUGUAUUUGUUCCUGAUUAUGCAUCCUUCCAUCAUUAGUAACUCCCCCAGCCCAAAAACCUUUGAGGAGGUACAGUUCUUUAAUAGAAAUAACUACCACAGGGGGAUUGAUUGGUAUAUGGAUUUCUUCCCUGUACCAUCCAAUGUCAGCACUGACUUUCUCUUUGAAAAAAGUGCCAACUACUUCCAUUCUGAGGAAGCUCCCAAACGAGCAGCUUCCCUGAUCCCUAAGGCCAAGAUCAUCACCAUUCUCAUCGACCCAUCAGAUCGGGCAUACUCCUGGUAUCAGCAUCAGCGAUCUCAUGAAGACGCUGCAGCUCUAAAAUUUAGCUUCUAUCAGGUGAUCACAGCUGGACCUCGAGCCCCAUCAGACCUUAGAGCUCUACAGAAGAGAUGUCUAGUACCUGGAUGGUAUGCCACCCAUAUAGAAAGAUGGCUAACUUAUUUCCCAACUUAUCAGUUGCUAAUUAUUGAUGGACAGCAGCUGAGAAGUGACCCAGCUACCGUGAUGGAUGAAGUGCAGAAGUUUCUGGGAGUUUCUCCUCAUUAUAAUUACUCUGAAGCCCUAACGUUCGAUUCACAUAAAGGUUUCUGGUGUCAACUCCUGGAAGAAGGAAAAACCAAGUGUCUUGGAAAGAGCAAAGGCAGAAAAUACCCUCCUAUGGAUUCAGAGGGCUUUUCUGUCAAGCUACUACAGAGAUCACAAUGUGGAACUGUCAAAACUCCUGCACAAAUUGGGACAACCCCUGCCAUCAUGGCUGAGACAGGAACUACAGAAAGUGAGAUAGCAUUGAGAGGAAGCUUCUUGAAAUCUCUCUUCCACACUUCAGUCAUCUUACCUAAAGCCUUCAAUAGCUACCAGAAGGCAGGGGUAAAAUAUACCUCUUCAAAAGAGAAUAAAAGAAUGAAGUUCUUUCCAUAUGCUGGCAUGUGGAUGGUGAAAAUGUUUGUGUCUCUUAGAACUCUGGAGGCCUGCAGGCUUUCUCGUUGCCAUUUCUGGGCCUGUGGAAUUGUUGUAAACUACUGUGCGCACAUGUGGAAGUCAAUAGCAACUGGUAUAAGCUUUAAAAGCAAAGCUACACAACUGUCCAAUUUCAUAGUAAAUAUUUACACUUUUAUAUUCGAACUUAGGAGUGUUGUGUCUCAUGUAAGUUUUGUAGCACAUUGUUUGCCUGCUCAUGGUUUUUCAUACUUUUUGAUUAUUAUGAUGUGUCUUAUACAAAACAAAAAACAAAACUAA